UUUGUAACCCCACACGCACAUACAUCUCUCUCUCUCUCUCUCUCUCUCUCUCUGUCUGCGCAAAGCAUUGCCAUUUCAGCAGCAAGGGGCAAACACAUAGCGCCGCACGCAGAGAAAGAGAGGGAAAGGUGAGGAGGACUGGACGCCAUUGAUGUCGUAGCAGAGAGGUCAGGUCAGGUCAGGUCAGGCACAAGAAACCGAGAGAGGGAGCAAGCAUGGAGCCUGCAGGAAGGAGGGGAAGAGGUGGGGGCAUCCUGCCGCUCCUCGGGGCUCUGCUGCUUGCAUUGGCCGGCGGUGCAAGUUCGUGGCCUCACGACGGCGCCGUUGGUGUCGGUGCCGUCGCCGGCGGUCCCGGUAGAGUGGUCGGCGGCGAGCGGCGGUACGGGGAUCUCGCGCUGAGGAGGAUGGAGAGCGUCAGAUCUUCAUUCGGGGCAAGAAGAGAUUUAGCAACGGCUUCGGCGGCCGCGCGGGUGUACCACGUGACGGACUACGGGGCCGACCCGACCGGCGGCGCCGACGCGACGGCGGCGAUCAAUAAGGCCAUCGCCGACGCGUUCAGCCCGCCGUCCAACGGCACCAUGACCGGCGGCAUCCCCGACCUCGGCGGCGCUGAGGUGCACCUCGACGGCGGCACGUACCUCAUCAAGGGGCCCCUCACGCUGCCGGCCUCCGGCGGCGGCAACUUCAAGAUUCACAGCGGGUCGUUGCGGGCGUCGGACGACUUCCCGACGGACCGGUACCUGAUCGAGCUGUCGGCGAAGGGCGGCGGCCGGAGCUACGACUACGAGUACGCGACGCUGCGGGACCUGAUGCUGGACUGCAAUUACCGCGGCGGCGGCGUCACGGUGGUGAACUCGCUCCGGGUCGGCAUCGACAACUGCUACGUCGUGCACUUCCAGUCCGACGGCAUCGCUGUGCACGGCGGGCACGAGACCUUCAUCCGGAACAGCUUCCUCGGCCAGCACAUGACCGCCGGCAGCGACCCCGGCGAGAGGGGCUUCACGGGCACGGGCAUCCGGUUGGACGGUAACGACAACUCCGUGUCCGACGUCGUCAUCUUCUCCGCGGAGACCGGGAUCAUGGUCACCGCGCCGGCCAACACCAUCUCCGGCGUGCACUGCUACAACAAGGCCACCGGGUUCGGCGGCACCGGCAUCUACCUCAAGAUCCCGGGCCUGACGCAGGCGUGGAUCAGCAACUGCUACAUGGACUACACCAGCAUCGUCGCCGAGGACCCCGUGCUGCUGCACGUGUCGGGUUCCUUCUUCCUCGGCGAUGCCAACGUCGUUCUCAAGGCCGUCAACGGCGUCGCCAAGGGCGUGCAGGUCGUCGGCAACCUCUUCAGCGGCCGGGACAAGGGCAUCGACAUCGUGCAGCUCGACGGCAAGUUCGCGACUGUGGAGCAGGUGUACGUGCAGCAGAACUCGGCCACCGGCAUGACGGUGAAGUCGACGUCGGCUCGCGGGUCGAUGGACGGCAACGGGACCUCGUGGACGGUGGACUUCUCGCCAGUGCUGCUGUUCCCGGACCGCAUCGGGCACGUGCAGUACUCGCUGGUCGCCGGCGACGCGUUCCCGGGGCACACGCUCCGGAACGUGUCCGGCAACCAGGUCGUCGUCGCCACGGACAAGGCCGUGUCUGCCACGGUCCACGUGCUGGUAGACCAGAACAGCAACUGAAGCGAGUCGAGACUCGAGCGCGCGCUGCUGCUGCUGCCUGCUCGUGCGACUGCUGCGAGCAAGGCGUGAUUCCGUUCUUUUGUUCUCGCAAAAUUCACCCAUUCAUGUGGUCUGAGAGAUAGCGGUUGUUUGACCGAGAAAAUGCUCCAGAAUGGAUCAUUUUUCGCUCUCUGAAAUGAAAUGUCUCAAAAGCAACAUAAUGGAUCCUUGAUCAGCCACUUUCCAAAAUAUCGCGAGCUCUGACAGUACACCAAAACAAGCUAAGCUGUUCGUGAUUUCACUUCUGAAAUCUGAGCACGAGCAGACAAAUUAAGGACCUUUCGCUUGCAGUAGAUCAUAGGUGACAUGAUCCAGACCUGGCCGGUGUGUUUUCUGGUCAGCUGUCUGUCGAUGAUAAGAUUUUGCAUUUAGUGGCUAUUGCAGUU